GCCGGCGGCUGGUGGGCAAGAAGAGGAUGAGGAGGACGAGGAUGAGAUGGACAUGGCAGACUCGGAUUCCGACGAUGAGACUGGACCCAAGCCACCGCCGGCGUAGAUGAGCUGCGCUCAGAGGAGAAGAUGUCGACGCCUAGGAGGAAACCAACACUGUACAAUACCCAAGAUCUUUCACCGUAGCGUCGGGUUGGAGAGGGAAGGCUGUGCGACGUGCGUUGCUCUAAGCUGGCUGGUCUUUGAAAGGACGGUGCGCAACCGUUAUCCAAGCCGAGAACUAGCAACGCCACGCAAGCAGACGUGGCUAGUGCCCCUCACGACUUCGCUGAGGCUCACAAGAAGACGAUGACGAUGCUCGCGAGAGCCUGCUUCACGCAACCAUCGACGCAACGCCAGUCAAGAGAGCAAGAAGAUGACAUUUGAAGUCUGUCUGAGAUCGCUAGCGAGAGCUCUCUUUGGUCGGGAAAGACGAAACAAGAACAACAUA